AUCUCGAAGCAACGCCAAGUGUCAAGCCAAGCAUAAGGUAAGUAGCGAGGCGCUUGCAUGGAAUAUAAAGAUUCAUUUACGACGCGGCCGUAAUGCAACGUUAACGAUAUUAACCAGACGCUUUUCCAGCGCUCGUGACUGCCUCAACCUACGAAAUGGUGAAGAAUUCCCUGAGAACGUCCGAGUACACGUUAGCCUUUGCUCGCUCUGCGAUGAGUGCAACAUGCAACUGACCUGUCCGGAACGCGCCAACGUCAACACCGGCCAUUUGGCGAUUCCCAAGUUUCGGCAUUCAAGCAACAGCUGCACUGCGAGCCGAUAUUAUUUCUACGCACGCCGCAAAGUGCUUGGAUCCGCAAAGUACUGAGUUACGGAGGGAACUCAAUAAAGGACGAGUUGGCAUUCAAUUAAUAGAAUAAAGAUCGAUCGAAAAAGCAAAAUCUGGCCAGAAAGGCACAGACGAGCGCGUCAAGCGCGCGCUGAAGGCAGGUGGUGAUGUGACGAAAUGCUCCGAUGGUGACGUCACAUCCUAAAGAGAGGCUGACGGCCGACUUCCUGUACGUAGGUAAUGGUUGCCGUCUAGCGAGCGCUGAAGCGGAACGGCGGAACUCCUCUGAAAAUGUGAUAUUUUCGCAGUUUAGGUUCGAAGUGGUGUGGAUUACCCGAAGUGGAAGACAGCGCGGACAGCAACUAUCAGUCAUGAUCAAAGACAGGAUAUCGGCGCUGAAAGCGGCCCAGGCAGAUGAAGAUGACUUGGACGGAGAUGUGGCUGUCACGCUGGAGACUCCUCCCACAUUUAUGGAGGAGUUCUUUGCGGAGGUGGAAGAGGUUGGGCAGAACAUCGAAAAGAUUGAAAAGAUAGUCAUUGAAAUGAAGAGGAAGCACAGUGCAAUACUGUCGUCGCCGCUUCAGGACGAAAAAAUGAAACAGGACUUGGAGGAACUGAUGGCGGAUGUUAAGAGAAUUGCGAAUAAAGUGAGAAUGAAGCUGAAAAUGAUGCAACAAAAUAUUGACCAAGAGGACCAAUUAAUCGGGAACAGGUCAGCAGAACUCAGGAUACGAAAAACACAGCAUUCGACACUGUCUCGCAAGUUUGUCGAAGUCAUGACAGAGUACAACAAGAUCCAAAAUGACUACCGUGAGCGGUGUAAGGACCGCAUCAGGCGACAGCUGGAGAUCACGGGGAAAAUGACUACAGACGAAGAAAUUGAAGAGAUGCUCGAAAGUGGGAAUCCAGCCAUAUUCACUCAGGGAAUUGUGAUGGAGACUCAGAAGGCCAGGCAGACACUGGCGGAAAUCGAAGCCCGCCACCACGACAUCAUCAAGCUGGAGAAGAGCAUCCGGGAGCUUCACGACAUGUUCAUGGACAUGGCCAUGCUGGUGGAAAGCCAGGGAGAAAUGGUCGAUCGCAUUGAGCACCAUGUGAAGAGCGCUGCAGCCUAUGUUGACACUGCCACUCAGGAGACACGACGAGCCGUUCGUUAUCAGAGUAAAGCACGCAAGAAGAAAAUAAUAAUCCUAGUCCUGAUUGUGGUCGUCGUCGUCAUCCUGGCCAUAAUCAUAUUCGUCUCAGUGCGGAGAUGAAAGAAAUGGAAAGGACAGUGACAUCUCUUGUGCACCACAAUCCUUGACAGAAUCCGAAAUAUGCAGCGCAUUUCUCAUUGCAGUAGGCUAGUGAGGCUCCGGCUUCUGUGCCCCAUAUGCCGAGACGAGCCUGCCGCAUAUUUUGUUAGAAAUCUUCUGCUGAUUUUUCUGUUGCUUCCUUGAUACAUAUUGUUAGUCAUCUUGGUGUUUUAGAACAUAUAUAGGUUGUGCCAACUAUGGCAAUGGGCUCCAGUGAAAGCACAAGCAGUCUGGCUUGGAACCUCUCGGUUCCAAGGACAGGUGCCAUGGACUGUUUAACUAUUACUGGCACCUGUACUGACUAUACACUGCUACCUGGUACCAGCUUGGGCCUGCAUAUCAGCUAUGCAGAGUGCACUUUGCAAUAUGGAUAACUGAGAAUAGUAUAGUAUUGUGAUGUUGCGUAUGAUGUCAUCAUUUUUUGUUUGCUUGUUUGCUGCUGGAAAGUUGGAGAAUGAAAAUAUUAGCACAAGAGCAUUGAAUACCCAGUCAAAGAAAAAAAAAAAACAAUUGACUCCAAUUGGCUUUUCCAAUAGGAAUCAACUGGGACGAAUAGGAACCAAUUGGAAAAUCCUUACUUCCAACUGGUUACGAUUGGGUCAGAGGAGAAACCAAUUGGAGUUGCCAAGUGGAAUGAACUGGGCCCAAUUGAGACCGAUUGGAAAAUUCCUAGUUCCAGCUGGUUACGAUUGAGUCAAAGUGAAACCAAUUGAGUCCAAUUGGAUUUGGUUCCAACCAAGUGGGAAAUCAUUACCUCCACUUGGUUAUGAUUGAGUCAGGGAUGCAACCAACUGAGUCCAAUUGGACUUGUCAGUUUUAACCAGCUAGGCCCACCUUACAUUCCCAACUACUAAGUCUAAUUGGACUACCAAUAGGAAUAAACUAGAAUGUAACCAACUGGAAAAUCACAUUUCCAGUGUAUGAACCCAUUCAAAGUAACUGGAAUGAGUUAUAGCUAUAUAUAUAUGCAUGCAGUACUAAGGCUAUAGCAGACCUGUUUCUGACAGCUGGAAUCCUAUUUAGGUUUGCUUUGUAGGGUAUAUAUGUAUAUGUGCAUUGGUAUUGCCCAUUGGUGCAAUUGGUCAUUAGACGUAAUAGUUCAGCGGAAGCCCGCUAGGUGGAGAGAAGUAAUUGAAGGGAAAAUGAGACAUCCACCCAAUUGUAGCAUUUGCUACGAAGGAAACCCAUACGGGUUCCAGCAGAUGGUAGAGCGGCUGCCCCGGUAAGGCGGUGGUCCCGGGUUCGAGUCCCGGACCAGGACGAGUUUUUCUUUAACUGCGAGGCUUUUCUUUCAUGGAACCCGUAUGGGUUUCCUUCGUAGCAAUUGCUACGAUUGGGUGGAUGUCUCAUUUUCCCUUUAAUUGGUCAUUACAACUAAUUGGUUUCAAACCAAUUAGUACCCAUUGGGUACAAUUGGUCACUCCAACAAAAACCAAUUGGUCACGUUCCAGCUGGUCUAAUUGUUCCAUUUAUGUACCAAUUUAUGAUUGGAAAUUUUCCCAUUGGUACCAAUUGAAAAUUUCCUGAUUGGAGUCAAUUGCUUUUUUGACAGGGUAGGCUAGUUCACAGCCUUAUUUGUCAGAUGUUUGCAUCCCUUUUGAAUGGAUCAGAACCAUGCUACCGACAUCCCCAGUAAAGAUUGAAAAAGUCUCAUGGCUAGUCAGUGCUAGAUGUGUUUCGACCUGGACGUGCGUGCACCUUGCCGUGUUGUAGUGUUGAGCAUUUAUUAACAGGCAUUGCUGCAGCAUAUCACUAUAGGCAGGCACCAGUCACCUUGCUGUAUAUUUCUGUAUGACAUUUCUGUUUAACCUGUGUAACCUUUCUGUAAAUUUGACCCCAGCAGAUAGAAAGCAUACACUGUGAUGAGUAGGGUUCUUAUUUUUUGUUUAAUUUUUCAAUUGUAGCAAUAAUUCUGUUCAGCAAAACGCAUGUGUUGUUAGCGCAGUAAGCGUGCCUCCCUGUAAAAGUGAACUUGCUCGUUGAUUGCGAUACUUCUACUAUCAUUAUUUCGAUGCCCUUCCGUAGCACCACUAAAAGCUAAUUUUACUUGCAUUAGAGAUCUUAGUACUUUCAUUUAGUCUUUCUUUGUUUUUUUUUUCUUUUUUAUAUAUAUUUAGCAACAUGCAUUUCCCUGUUUCAUUGCACCAUCUGCAGAUGGCGGCUUUUCUUUUCUUUUUUUCUUCCUUGCAUUUUUUUAAGGUAUCAUGAAAGUAUUAGUAUUGGUACAUAACACUACUUCGUCUUCUCUGAAUGGUUUUGAAAGUCCUUGAACACAUUAAGCUUCAGAUACAAAACUAUAUAGAGAGGAACAAUGAUCCUUGAGGCCAUCUUACACAGUUAUUUGGCAGGGUGGUAUUAUUAGUGUUUUCAUAGUGAAAAUUUCAAAUUGAAUUGGAUGUUGAUAACAGAAGAGUAAGGGCCUUGAAUACUGAACCGAGUACUAAAUAUUUUUCUACCUCUGAAAAUAGAAAAAGAAACGGGGAGAGAGAAUGGGUUGCACUUACACACAAAGAGAUACCUUACCCUUACUUCCUUCAGUAUGCACAAUGCUACUUUGCAAGUCCAUUCGACUGAGCAGCUUGUGAUAAGAAGCGUGUAAACGUUACCAAGCUCAUGGCUGGCUUACAUUUAGGAUAUGAAGCAGCUGGUUGACUGUAUGCAUGGACUGCUUUCAUCACUGGCAGGCUCCAGUAAUUGCAGUGGUCUUGUAUAAUACAAUUGAAUUUAAUUAUAAUUAAAGUUGAACGUCGAAUUCUUGAAUCAGUAAUUACUUUGAUUCAGAAGAAAAGUGUUCAAUUUGGGUUCGAAACUUUGACUAGUUGCAGACCUCCGAGAUGAAAGAUAUACCAUUGUUUGGACAUUACGAGAUCAAAGAAAAGAUAAAGAUGGGCACUACAAGGUGCUAGUUAUCAAAAAGAAGCAGGGUAGACAAUCAGAUUAGCUGGUGUCGAUAUGUAUUGGUAUGUCAUCACUCAGGUAAUCGAGAAAUCUGCAGAGUACAAUCAACUUCUCUAUAUGGCUUUCAUAUAUUAUGAAAAGGCAUUUGAUUCAGUAGAGAUACCAGCAGUCAUAGAGGCAUUGCGUAAUCAAGGAGUACAGGGGGCAUACGUGAAUAUCUUGACAAAUAUCUACAAAGAUUCCACGGCUACCUAGGUUCUCCACAAGAAAAGUAUAAAGUUACCUAUCAAGAAAGGGGUCAAGCAAGCAGACACCAUCUCUCCAAUGGUAUUCACUGCAUGCUUAGAAGAAGUAUUCAAGCUCUUAGACUGGGAAGGCUUAGGAGUGAACAUCAAUGGCAAAUAUCUCGGCAACCUUCGAUUUGCACAUGACAUUGUCCUGUUCAGCAACAAUGGGGACGAAUUACAGAAAAUGAUUGAGGACCUUAAUCGAGAGAGUGUAAGAAUUGGGUUGAAAAUGAAUAUGCAGAAUACAAAGAUAAUGUGCAAUAGUCUAGCAAGGGAAGAAGAAUUCAGGAUUUCCAGUCAGCCUCUAGAGUCUGUAAAGGAGUAUGUUUACCUAGGUCAAUUACAGGGGACCCUGAUCAUGAGCAGGAAUAUUACAGAAGAAUAAAAUUGGGUUGGAGUGCAUACAGGUCUAACGUUUAGAGACAGAAAGAGAGCGGUGUGAAUCAGAGAGCAAAUGGGGAUAGCCGAAAUUCUAGUUGACAUUAAGAGGAAAAAAUGGAGCUGGGCAGGCCAUGUAAUGCAUAGGAUCGAUAACCGGUGGACCAUUAGAGUUACAGAAUGGAUACCAAGAGAAGGGAAGCGCAGUCGAGGACGGCAGAAAACUUGGUGGGGUGAUGAAGUUAGAAAAUUUGCAGGCGCAAGAUGGAAUCAACUAGCGCAAGACAGGUGUAAUUGGAGAUCGCAGGGAGAGGCCUUCAUCCUGCAGUAUACAUAAAUAUAGGCUGAUGAUAGUGGUGAUGAUGAUGAUACGUAUUGGUAGCAUCGGUGCCAAUCCAGAUGAAACAUGCAAAUGAAGGAAAAUGACUUCCUAUAGUGUUGUCUUGUUUCUCCCUUUAAGUUUCGUUAAUUCACCUCGUUGUUUGAAAUGCAGGUGGCAGUUGGCACGUGCCCUGUAUUUAGCUUGAAAAGGGUGGUUGGGCAGGUUGGACAGGUGUGUGUUAAUUAAUGCUAGAAUUGCAGGUUCCUUGAGUGGAGAGGGUGGAACAUGACAGGGAACUGGGAUAUGCACAGCGAAAUAAAGUAAGCAAGAAAAAGUAAAAGCGCCGCAAUGCCAUUGCUACUUGUGCUGCCACCUGGAACACUCUGGUUAAGCAUACUCAGUAAGUUUGGGCGGUGCUGUGCAUCAGAUGCAGCCAGUAGGAAACGAAACAGAAAAAAAUUAGGCAAUACUGGCAGCCUUCUGCGGUCAACGAUGCAUAAGAUGCUGGAAGUUGCACAGAUCUAACUUUUUUGUUCGUUAUUAACAGGCGCUUCUUCAUAUUAAGUAAUCUCUCAGGUGUGAGCCGCCUAUGGGCAGUCUUUUGCGCUGGCCUUAAACCUAAACAUCAAGAGGCUUAGGCUAGUGAGCUUGCCCACGACAUCAUUGCAGGAAACACAAACUGUGGUUGCAGAAAAGGACAAAGAGGUGCUUGAAGGCCGGAUGUGUGUGUUGAUGUACACACUUCAAACACCUGUUUCACAUGACUUCAACAACUGAAGUCCCAUGACUGAGUGAAAGGUCCACUUGUACAGAGAAGCUGAGUAGCACAAAAGUAGAUCGACAGAAGUGAAUUUCAGUGUCAUGUGAGCUUUCCAGUCUUUAAAUAAAUGUGUUUUUUGCUCCAGCAUGGCCUUUGAAAGAGGCCUUACAAAGGUUAAAUGUGUUCCAACAAAAGAGGCAUUUUUUUAAAGCAGUAAUUGUUUUAGAACUUUCUUUUUCUCUGGAACUGACAAGCUGACGUUGGACGGCUCGCACUAAUAAAGGUGCCAUAAAUGUGGCACUCAGAUCUGAAGCUUCCACGCGUGUUCAGUAGUUUGAAAACAACGAAGGCUGGCGAAAUGUUUAAAGCAGGAGGGGUGGGGAUAUGCUGGUGCUUCUUUAGCGGUGGUAGCAGGCAGCUCUUGAUCCUUUUGCCUAUUCAAAGCGAGAAGGCAGAGCAGCAACAUGGGAGAGGAUGCAAGAAAUAAAAUGAGGGAGAAAGAAGAAAAACUAAAGAGCCCCGUCACGUGCAAGCAGAGGCAGUAAAUCUAGUGCAUGUAUAUAGCUUUGCCUGAAAACAGAAACUAAGCAAUAAGGUUUGUAUGGCUGAUGAAUGGGUGGAAAAAAAAAAGAAAAGAAAAGAAAACCUUGCAGGCGUAAGAAGGAGGUGUCAAGUUAAAGGGACCCUGCGACACUUUUUCUUCAAAACUGAGAACUCGCUGGAGUGAGUGCGAUGCUUUUCAGUGAAUAUAUUCUCGAAGAACUUUUCGAAAAAUAUCUAAUAAUUACAGAGGUAUGUAAUGAGCGCAUUGUUUGCUUUGCCCAUUCUCCCUCAACUGAACAUUUCCUCUAGCCUGUGGGCGAUAGCUUAUGCCCUGCUUGCAUUGCUCCUUCCUUACUUUCUUUCUUUCUGUGGUGUACUUAUCGUAACCUUUCAGAGCUGACGCCUGACAAAGAUGCACAAGAGCGACAAUUAAAGGAGCGGUGACAGGAUAGCUAAGAGGCAUCAACAGUCGCUGUUUCCUCCUGAUUUGCUAAAAGGAGGGGUGUGCAUGUGUGCAUUAGCUUUUAGUCACUAGUUAACUCGUGAAUCUCCAAUGGCUGGCAUCUGUGGGCUGUUGCGCGGUCCGUUAUUUCAUUUAUGGCAGCAAAACAGAGGAUACCUGGAAUGCUGCAGGAGAGAAAGCGAGUGAUCUUUUAUGCAAUAUUGCAGGCUCCCUGCUGAGUGCACUGGAAUGAUAUUCGGCUUGCUUGUUCAUGGCAGCAUUGUCUAUGGAUCACGGACAUAUUCUCACCAUGUUCAAAGUGUUGCAGGGCCCAUUUAGGAGGAAUAAAUGCUAGUAAGAAAAGAAAUCAGUGAAUAGUACAAAUGUGUCUAGUCAGAAGUGAAGAGAAAAAAAGAAAAUGUUGACAAAAUUUAACCACGUCGCCCACUGUUGAUCAGUUCGAGUCUCCCAUCUUCCUUUGACUCGUUUGUCUUAUUAUGUUAGUAUGGACACUUCCAAUUUGAUGGUUUGGUUAUGUUGCUUUACAAAUGAGGAAGUUCUUUCAUUUUCUGUGUUUUUACAGCAAUAACGUUAUUAUCAUGGGAACCAAAGACAACAUAUUAUUAUAUACUAUAUGUUAUUCAGGCAGUGCUUUUUAGCCUGUUGUUGUUUACUGACCAUAGUCAGCUGUGAAUUUUUUAGGCAUAUCUAGACCACCUCUGCAAUUUUUUUUUUCUUUUGUCAUUAUGAUAAUGACACAACAGUCAUGUUUAUUUACAGCUGGAACAAGUGAUGGCAUAUCAUUCCUUACGCAUUGCUUUUUCUUCUUUUACUGAUGUUGUAUAAAGCUUGUACCGCAGGCUUUUACUGAAGCUGCGAAUGCAUGUAUAGUCGUGAAUUCUAGUCGGUGGUUUAUUACUCUGCUUUCGUUUAUUGUUGGAACUAGUGUUAGUCAUUAAUGUUCCUGUUUUUUACAUGUUCGAAUGAAUAUUCUCGACAGCAGUGUUUGCAUUGAAUAUUUUCUGAUGACCACAACGAAUACAUAAUUGGGGCACGUUGUCUCCAAUUUUCAGAAAUAUGAUUUACAAAGAAAGAGGCACAAAUCUGAGUCAUGCUUUUUAUGUUGCGACAGUUCUUUAUUUUUUUGUUGCUUCUUUCAAACUUCUCUAAGAAUGAGGGUUAGUUGUAGGCGUGUGUGUGUGUUUUUUUGGGGGGAGGGGGUUGAUUUGUGUACCUGUACUGGCUGACUUAUGCCUAUGUUCUGUUCACGUAUUUGUGUGUCUGCUUGCAUGGUUUAGCUUCUCGUUCAGUUUUAUUUUUCGGCAGUGCUGUCAUAUUUCGUUUCUGAAGCCGGAUGAACUUUAUGAACUUGCUGCAAGAUUGAGUAAUGGUUGUGCUUACGGCUUCCUUGUUUCGCUGAUUAAUUGGUGAUAACUAGGCCAUAACUAUAGCUAUAACUAGGCUCCUAGUAUGCCACUGUGUAUUUUUGUAGGUUAAGCCGAUGUUUAGCUGUCUAUCUCUCUUCAAAAGAUCGGCAUGUUUAGUGCAUUACACCAUGAAAAUGGUAAAACACAAUGAUUAUGGCAAAACUGUUGCAGCAGUGGCACGGAAAUAACAAUUAAAAAUGAAGGUAAAUUCUUGCCUAUAUUGAUAAGUGAGAAGAGUGCACACAACAUAGAUAUUCAAACCUAAAUGAUAUGCCCUACCUGCUUCCUUUUGUGUAUGUGCUAGCAUUAUGCAUAGAUAGCCUGGAAAGUGCAAGCUUUUAUAUUCUGUAACAUUUUGGUGCAGUAAGUCGUAACCACACAGCAGGUUUCAGCUAUUAAGGCAAACUGGUGCAUGUCGGAAACAGUGCUUAUUCAUCCCAUCAGCAAACUGAUGCGUGACACUGAAGUGAAAUAUAGGAGCAUCAUCGCCACAUAAUAACUACAGAAAGGUGUCAAACUUCUUGACUCAUAGUUGUCAUGAGAUGAGGGUGCUUGUGUGUAUGACAGGAAGGGUAGGGAAUGUCAGUUGCACCAAGUCCAGUACCAAGGAGUGAGUCUCUCUCUCUCUGAACAGACCUUAUAUUACAAUAUUGCCCCUUCCUUGGAUUCCCAUUCCCAUGCAGUGCACUUAAGCAAAUGGAAAACUUCAGUUUCCUAAAUAAUUGUGUUUUACUCGUUUGAAUUUACGGGUUUCUUUGAGCAUUGUAAAGCAAGACAUUGUCCUAAAUACCAGGUCCUCAAAGUGCUAUUUCUGUCAGAGCAGUGCAGAGAGCAAGGAGCAUCAUUGCGUCUGCAAAAUUUCUGCGGAUAUGCAACAAUUUUUAGAUAUUCUGCAAGUAUUUAGAUGUCUCUCUAUAUUUCAUGCAUGUCAUUUCUUCGUAUUUUCGCUGCUAAGCUUUUCUGAAUAGGUUCAGACGAUCAGUACUUUUAUUUUAUGGUAUCUCAUAUUCUAUGACCACAGUGACGUAAUAGCAUCACACCCCUAGAGGAAGGGAGUUCAGCACAGCAUAAAAGGCCCAGUAACUAGCCCCUCCUCCCCCCCCCCUUUUUUUUCUUCUUCUCAGUUUCAGCUAGUUUGACCUAUUUACUACCAGCAAAUGUGUUUGAGGCAGCUGAUGCUUAGCUAUAACACAUGCUGAUGAGUGCCUGUGGGUACUUGUGUUAAGAAUUUAAUGUCUAUGAGGACCACAUAACAAAAAAAUUACCGUGUUUUUAACUCCUCAUCAUGUCUUUUAGAUAUGGCUACAAAUGUGUCGUUUAGCCAAACACAACAUAUUGCGUACUGACAUCUGUGCUCAGAGAAAAGAAAGCCCAAGAGCUCAGGGUCCACUUUUUAGAUAUUAUUGAUAGGUAGAAGUGCUGUUAUCAGAGGUGCUUUACCAUUUUUCUUUGUUUAAUCUUUUCUGCACCAUGAACUAGUCCUGCUCCUCAGCGACCACUGGUGUCAAGCUGAUUGUUUAAUGUUUUAAACCUUCUCUUAUGUACUACUGGCAGGGUAUAUACUUGUGCGUUUUAUUUUCUAGAUUUACUCUACAGUAACAAGGGCUUUAUUUCAUGCAAUUUUCAUGCCUGGCUCUCUGCCACAUUUUGUCAGCCAUGAUAACGGUGGCACUUCAAGUGCGGUACAGAUACGAUUAAUAUGAGCGUGCCGUGUCUCUCCGAUUUUCUUUACUGCUGUGUCGUGCCAGAUCAAUACCUCCGCACAUAAAAAAGCACAUAGUAUUUUGCUCUGUGUGUACAUGGCACGAAGAUAUAGACACUCUUGUAAUUAGUUUUCCCUCCUUUAGUAUUAUGUGCCAAAAAUUAACUGCUGUCUUGCGUUUUUGGUGAUCCCUCGUUGUACGGCAUCUUGUUACAGCAAAACUUUUUUAAAAGCAUCAGUAUGACGCUGAAGUUGAGUUGGAGAUCUGAUUUGAAGUCUUAUCAACUUGCAUUAAUUGAAACUCGUGAGGAUCGUACAGCGCUGUUUGAGUUCUUAAAAGUUUGGAAUAUUAUAAGUUAAAUACAGUAUUGUCCAAAAUGGAAGUUUACGAAACUAAUAACUUAUUCACAGUAACUCAGUAGCUCAUAUACGCACAAAAUAUUUUUGCAAGAUAGCAAAGUGAGCGAUUAGCGACCGCCAAACUCCCUGGUCGAAAAGACGAAAGUUCUGUGCAACCUCAUCUAUGUUAUCAGAGCCAUGAUUUUACGGCCAAAUUGACGUUGCCAUUAUGUAGUGGUGUUGAUUAACAUUUCAAAUAUUGCAUAAGAGAGGAAGACAGGUAUAAAUGGCUCUCUUAUUUAAGCUGCCGGUUUAUUUGUGCUUAAAUUCUGCACAGAAAUAGCAUUUCAUCGUGUAUUUCAUUUAAUUACCUCUUUCAUCUUUGUUAACAGUACUUGUCAACCUCAUUCUGAAUAAAUCGAAAGCAUGCAUCGUCUUGAUGAUGCUAGCCUGAAAAGUGCUAGCUUGCACUUUUCUGGACACAAAGCCAAGGAAAGUAUUCCUUGACAUUGAUUUCUGUUGGCAUCCCCUUUGUAACAGGGCGGCAACAGUUGGUCACCUAGCUUGCUUGAGCUAAUAAGGAAUCACAGCAUUUAUUGCUGUCUUGACUGCAGAAUGGUGGUGCCAUCUGUCACUGUUCUGACGAGACGCAGUGCAUGUUGUGCGUUUCUUGAACAAUCGUGGCACGCACUCAAAUUUUGAGGCCCCCACAUCCAGAAGCGAUUACAUCUUUAGUUCUAUAUAUAUCUGUGAGAUCAAUUGCCACUGACCUGGCGUGGUUGGGAUUUAUUCUGCAUGAAAUAGGUGAGCAACCGGUCCCAGAUAUAGUAAUAAAAAAAGUACGUACACCACAAGAUUCUACCGCUGUUCGAAAUUCAAGGAUGAACGAGCUAACUCUACAGCUGGAGGAGCCCUUUCUAUUUGCGUCUUUAUUAACUCAACAUUAAUAGGACACUAAAGGAAAAUAUUAAGCUGAGCUAUAUUGAAGGAUUAGGAUUCAGUAAUAAUGAAUUUGCCAUUUGUAGCUCAGAAAAGAGCUUUUGCAAGUGAGAAAAUUAAAAAAAUGGAAAAUCAUAGUUCCGCCACCCUGUUUUAGGCUUUGGUACCUCUCGUGUGACAUCGGCACUGGCUGAUUCACAGAGGGAGGCGGAGAGGAAGGUCACAUGGGGAUUAUGUCAACUUGUUCAUUUUGGUGCGGGCGAUUCAAAUUGAGGAGCAGCAGCAAGAUCUUCGAUGGCGAUUUACUAUGCAACAAGGUCACAUAUUGGCACGCAAAAAACAGUGAUAGACUUCUAGAUGAACACUAAUGUUUUGAUCUAACUUGGCUUAGUAUUUUGUUUUAGUGUCCCUUUAAGUACGCAUCCUGAAUACCCAAUUUGACAGUUACGCUCUCUACAACGAACACCUUUACAGCUAAAUUACCUGUAAAAUGUAGUAAUAAUUCUGUCCCGGUUCUAUUGUGAGCUGUGCGGUGUGCGACCUUUGCAACCAGUUGACCUGUAUAACGCAUGAUUUCGGAGCACUUUGUUAUAAAGCACUUCGUUAUAAAGUCGUUUGACUGUAUUCAGGCCUUUCGACUGUCCACUCAUCGUUCCUGUUUUUGGAUGCAUUGAUCUAACCCAAGAAGCCAAAUGUUCAGUGUCAGUAAAUUGUAAAACAACAGCGCAAGUUUGUGAAUGACUGUUGGAAUCGAUAUGAAGUUGAGAAAAUGCUACAAUGGGAAACCUCAUGUACCUAGCACAAUAACCAGGUUCCAGUGCUGACUCUGUAGUGUUAACACAGAUGCUUUUUCUUUUUUGUGUUGAUGUGUAAAACUUUGCGACGUCCAAAAUUAUACAAUGCAAUUAUUGUUUGCAUGAACAUGAACUGCAGUGUAUCGCAUGCUGAAGGCAGUGCCCUUGUAACCUGGGCUGACUACACUCCGCAUGUGUGUUCUAGAGUGCCUUUGUUUUGCACGCAAAUACUUUGAAAGUGGGUAUUCAUGUUGCAUUAAUUAAUAAGAGAAGUAUUUGAAUGGCAUGGCAUUUUAGGCUCUCUGCCAGCUUGCGUACUUUUGCAAGCAAACUAAACAACUCGAGCAGGCUGGUUUCAACACAAGCAGGUACAAAAGUAUUGUGGUCGCAGUUGGUUAAAUAAUAUGGCAUGGUUGGUUUUCUCUUGCUCUUUGGAAAACAUACCACACUGUUUGUUGAACCUAUCAUAAUAACCAUCUUUUCAGGUUGCAUUCUAGUCUAAUUGUCCUGUUUGCAUUUUGAUUGCCCUUGAUAGUGUAUGUUACUGGCAUAGUGCGAUAGAUAUGAAUGUUGCAAGUUCCUUGUUUUUUCCAAAUUGUUCAUGGUGAUAAGGUGUAAUGAAACUCAUAUGUGGGGGUCAUGCACAGGUGGGCUAAUUGUCGCAUAACUAGCCAUGUCAUUUACUAGAGGGUAAGAAUUUCUUGUCACCAUGCAUGUCAUAAGUGGCUACGAAAGAAUAUUUCUGCUGAGGCCUAUUGUAUGUUUUUGUUCAUGCACUGUAUAUUGUGUGUCCUGCAAUAAAUGCUCGUGUUCCAUUAAUUACAAGUUUCUGUUUGAGCAUUUCUUU